AGUGAUAGCUUACUGGUAGCGGAAACAGUAAGAAGCUAACGAAUAAUUUGACUGUUUUGUGUUACUCUAGAAGUAGCGUUAAAGACUAAAAUAGGGAUUUUUCCGACAGCAGUUACCCGUAUGCAGAGACUGUUUUAUGUCGUUAUUGCCUUUACUCAAUAACCCACGGAUGUUUUAUUUUGAACAGGUUUCAACAUUAUUUUGCUAAGUAGCUGUUAGCAUACCGGUGUUUCCAUAGACCCACACACUACAAGGCUCAACAAUAUUUAUAUUCUUAGCCUGUAGAAAUUCAUAUUCUAGAAGAACCUGAAAAACGCUAUAAAAUCUGAACAAAAUCGUAUAAACGAGUAUGAAUAAGUCAUCUAAAUCAGACACAGCUAAUGGAAAGGAGAACGCUGCCACUGAUACAUGCUACAUCUGUCUGAGUCCUUUUGGAAACCAAACUGUGGGUUCUGUGGAAAAGUGCCAGCACACCUUUUGUAUUGAAUGCAUUCUCCAGUGGUCCAAGACCGCCAACACUUGCCCUGUGGAUCGGACCAGUUUUACUUUAAUUCACCAGAGACUAUGUGCAGGAGGGGCCAUACAGAAGAAGAUUAAAGUGAGAGCCCCGAAAAGGGGUUUUGAUGAGGAGGAGGAGAGGAAUAUUGUUAACUGUGAGAAAUGUGGACGAAAUGAUCGUAGGAACCGGAUGCUGGAGUGUGGACGAUGUGAUUCAGGGUUUCACAUGUUCUGCUUGACGCCGCCAUUAAACGUCUUCCCUGAAGGUGAAUGGAUUUGUCCUGAGUGUGAGCUCGGCCCUAAUAAUACAGACGACUUACCUGGUGAAGAUGAAAUCAGUGAUGGAGAACUAACAGACCUACUCGCUGAAGUAGAUGAAACUGCAUCCACCAGCAGUCGUCUUCGUCCGUCCACCAUAAAUCAGCCCAGAGGCUCAGUUAGACAGCGACACAGUGAGAGGAUCCAGAGCAGGGCCACGGAGAAUCCAACACCCCAUCCUCAAAUCUCCUGGCAUGUGCCUAAAUACUUGUUGCGCGCACCAAGUCAUGUGAUCAUAACAGAUGACCUUCUUCCUCAUAGUGAUACCAAGGAUGGUUCAGUCCAGGAGGUUGAAGAGAAGAAAAACUAAGAAAAAUAUGCUCUGGGAUUUCAGCAACAAGCAGGCCCCAAGUACGUAGGGACUUGAAAUCUUCAACUUUAUCCGAGGUGCUCCUGAUAGAAAUGACCAUGAGGUGGCAGCAUUGUGUCACUAGAUUUCCUGUACAGAUGUUACUGAAGUUACAGUUCAGCAUCAUGUGUGACCUGAGACCUGUAAGAAUGUGAAAUCCUCCUGAGACCCAGGAAAGUAAAGGUUUUUGCUUUUUAACUUUAAAUAAUUGCUGUGAUUAGAAACAGCAUGAUGCAGGAGGUGUUUCAGAUUUAAAAAAAAAAAAAUAUAUAUAUAUAUAGUAUUUUUUUAUGGAAUGUCCUUGAUAGCAGUUGUUUUUUUUUGUUUUGUUUUGUUUUUUUUUAUUGCUGGGUCCCAGGGGGAUGUGCUAUAUUUACUCAGUGAUUUUAUUAUUGUGUUUUUACUUUUUCUACUUGGUAGAUUUAGUAUAAAAUAAAGUGGCCUCUUGCUGUUAAACCU